UAUGUAUGUGUUUAUGUAUUCUUUGUGAGCCACCCUGAGGCUUUGUUGCGAUGGGGGCGGCAUAGAAAUAUUUUAAAUAAAUAAAAUCAAUGUAGGUUAAAAAAAAAAAAACUAAUGGUAGUUGAUUCAUCAGUGUUUGAAGAGAUCCUGCUAUGUUUCACAGUUCUUUACACCAAGUUAUUUAGUAUUUCAUUAGCCUUGGUUCUAGCUGCAUUUUGGCUCGCAGCUGCUGGAGGCCUGCUGGAGGUACACUGGCACCUUGCUUUGUGAGAAAUGACUUUAAAUCCAGACUUUAUAUCAAGGUUGUAGACCAGGCAGUAAAAUAAUAAAUAUAUCUGACCAAAAACAGGUGCUGGGACUUAGUUCUGACAAGUAAUUAACAGAAGAAAAGAUACCAGAACUGGUAAGUUCCGCCAGAAAGAAAGGCUUGGUUAGGUUACCUUUAAGCGGGAAGCAGCUGUUUAGUUCUGUCACAUUUUAUAAUAUAUAUUUUCAGAAAUAAAUUUUUUAAAGUAGUAAUGGUUAGAUACACUGAUAUUUUUAAUUCUGAAGAAUUGUAUUUUAAAUGACAUUUGGAUACUAACUUCACAUAUGCAUUAUAGUUCUGUGAGUGGGUAAAAGGUGUUUAAUGUCUUAUUUUCUCAGGAAUAAGACAGCAGUUGAUUACUAUGGAUUUGACAGUGCAGGCAAUGAUGGUAAGUCAUCCAUGUCAAAAGAGGUCAAAUUUUAUUUUCAGAAAGCAUUUUUCAGUAGUUAUGCAAUGUGCAAUUCAGUGGCAAAGAAAGAUGAAAGCUAGUUAAGGCUUAGUUUUGAAUUAGUACAAAUUCAAAUUAGUACAAAGUUCAAAUUAGUCCCCAUCUUUAUACUUUUCUUUUUUCACAUUAAAUGUUGAAAAAGACCCAUGGUUGAAAUGCUUAUGCAGAGGCAACAUGGCAAGUAUUCAGACAUGACUAUAGACAAGAUUUACUGCAAGUUUUUAUAUGCUGCCAAGUUGUCUUCAGCUUAAGGCAACCCUAUGAGAGAGACGUGUGUGUGUGUGUGUGUGUAUGUAUGAAAGGCUUCCAAACUGUCCUGUUCAUGACAUCAAAUUCAACGCUGCAUCUUCCUUUAUGGAGUCAAUCUAUCUCUUAUUUGGUCUUCCUUUUCUUUUUCUGCCCUCAGCUGUCCCCAGCAUAAUUGUCUGUGUCAGAUGACAGCUGCAGUUUUAUCAUUUUUGCCUCUAGGGGAAGUUCUGGCUUGAUUUGAUCUAGGACCUAGAUUGUCUUUUUGUUGAUUCAGGUAGUCACAAAGCUUUCCUCUAACACCAUGUUUCAAAUGCUUUGAUUUACCUCCUGUCAACUGUCUUCAUUUUCCAGCUUCAUACCAAUAUACAGAGUGAAUGAUCUUGACCUUGGUUCCAAGUGAAACCUUCUUCCAAUUCGCGAUCUUUUCUAGUUCCUUCAUUGCUGCCCUCCCAGGUCUCAGUCUUCUUCAAAUUUCUUUGUUGCAGUCUUCCUUUCUGUUGAUGACUGAGCCAAGAAGAAGAUUUUGCAGAUAGAACUUUACUUUCAAACAAAAAAAUGAAGAUAAUGUGCUCAGAGUCAACAAAGGAGAAGAUGGAGCAGCAACAGAAGGUCCCCCAAAAGGAGGUUCACUUACAGAAGUGUUCACAAAGUAAAAGAGUUGCCUUGGAAGACAGAAUUUAUCAGAGAAAUUUGGAAAUUGCCUUUGCAUUGUCAGUAGAUGAACCAUUGGGAAGCAUCCAUGAAGAAUCACAGGAACAAGCUGAUGUAACAGAGGAUGAUUCCAGCUUCAGUGAAAAAGAUUAUGAGGAAUUUCUUGUAAAGAAGAAAAGUAAAGAUAAUAGGAAAGAAGGAAGGAAGCAUGUCAGUACCAAAAAAACAACAGAAAAGCCUUUCAAAUCAAAAAGGAAUGUAGUGGUUCAAGCAAAAUCUCAGAUGGUUUUACAGAAUGGAUCAAAUUCUUCAGAACCAAUCAGAAAACCUUCAAAAACAUCAGACACUUCAGAGACCAAGAAGCCCAACUGGAUACCACCUGGUGCAGCUGGAUAUACUAACCAAGUGAGAAGAGUUCCUGUGAAAUUACCCACACAAAAUCUCAGGCUUGGCCUCUCCAGCGGCGAGGAUCGAAUAUGCACAAUGUUGGUGAAAAGGAGAGUGACUGGCUGAAGAUUUGAUCUUGAACAAGAUAUUGGACUGUGCAGAAAUGGAUAGACUGACUUUAUCUCUUAAGGAAAAAGAAGAUGCAGUUUACUACCAAAGAAGGGACUUUUUCUAUCAAUGGCUACAGAAUUAGAACUCUAAUUUGGGCUGAAAUACAUAGCAUUUGUAGAGAGAAAUAAGAUUUUGUACACUGUAUGUUUAAAGUCAUUGGAAUAAUCAUUUGUUUAGUGAGUAGAAAACAAUAAAACUUUGAAACCCCACCCAAA